GGACCAUAUUCUUUUAUUAAAUCAACAUGGUCGCCGAAAAGGUGGAUGUCAUCAUCUGCGGCAGCGGUUCGGCGGGUCUCUGCGCCGCCACCUGGCUCGCCAGAAGAGGGCUGCGCUGCAAGAUUCUCGAGUCCCGGGACGGGCCCUUACACCUCGGACAGGCAGACGGCGUCCAGUGUCGGACCGUGGAGAUCUUCCAGAGUUUUGGCCUGUCGGAGGAACUCCUCCGGGAGUCCUACCACGUGCUUGAAACUACUUUCUGGUCCAACCACCCUGGCGGAGACGACGCCCACAAGGGAAUUGUCCGUACCGCGAGGACUGCGGAUACGCAGCCCGGGCUUUCGCACCAGCCACAUGUGAUACUUAAUCAAGGCAGGAUAAAUGGCCUGUUUCUGAAUGCCAUGCAGGACUUCAAUGGCCAGGAAGUCAGCUACGGUUUCACGGUGAAGCGUGUCGAGGUCGAUGAGUCGGCUGUGGCCGAUCCUGACUCUUUCUGUGUGACCGUUGUUGCAGACAAGGACGGCUCGGAGGUUGAGUUCAAUGCAAGAUAUGUUCUUGCCUGUGAUGGUGCACACAGUGUUGUCCGCAAAUCCCUUGGUAUCAAAAUGGUCGGAGACAGCACGGAUUCUGUCUGGGGAGUCAUGGAUGUGUACCCCCACACCAAUUUUCCCGAUAUCCGGAAGAAGACCGUCAUCAAGACAGACCUGGGAAGCCUCCUUAUCGUGCCUCGAGAAGGCGGUACACUAACGAGGUUCUACGUGGAGCUGCCGCCCGGCACAACAGCAAGGGAGGUCAAGCUGGAAGAUCUCCAAAACUCGGCUCGAGAGAUCCUCUCGCCGUACUCGCUGGAAGUCCGCGACACGGUGUGGUGGUCUGCCUAUUCCAUCGGCCAGCGGGUUGCCGACCAGUUCAACAGGCACAAUCGCGUGUUCCUAACCGGGGACGCGUGUCACACGCACUCUCCAAAGGCUGGACAGGGCAUGAACACGAGCCUGCAGGACGGGUACAACCUCGGCUGGAAGCUGGCGGCCGUAUUGAGGGGGGAGGCGUCGCCAAGCAUCCUCGACACGUACACGCUGGAAAGGGGGAAAGUCGCAAACGAUCUAAUCAACUUCGAUCGAGAAUUUGCAAGGUCGUUCUCCUCAAAAUCCAAACCGACAGACGGGCACGCCACACCAGCAGAGGUGUUCGCUCAGCAUUUUAUUCGGUCCGGCGUCAUCACCGCCGGACUUGCCACCAAGUACCAAGACUCGAUCAUUACCAUGGACACGACACACUGCAAAUCGGCGCCGGCGCUGGCGUUGGCGACGGGGCUAACCGUCGGUAUGCGCUUCCCGAGCGCUCAGGUAGUUCGGCAUUGCGAUGCGCGCGCGAUGCAGCUGGCGGAGACGCUUCGGUCGGAUGGGCGAUGGCGGAUUGUGAUCUUCGCGGGCGACGUUCUGGAGGCUGGGGCAAGUGAGAGAUUGAAUGAGCUCGCCGCUUAUUUGGACUCUGAGAGGAGCCCCAUUCGCCGAUGCACGCCUGCCACAAGCGAUAUGGACAGUAUCAUCGAAUGCAUCAUCGUUUUGUCGGGGAGGAGAACGAGAGUGGAGCUAGAGCAGAUUCCAGACUUCUUCUUACCCUACACUGGCCCGUUCGCGCUGCGAAACCUGAACAAGGUAUUCGUAGACGACGAGAGUUAUAACUCUGGAUGUGGCCAUGCGUAUAAGGUCUAUGGAUGUUCCGAGAAGACCGGGGCGAUGGUGAUCGUGCGGCCAGACCAACAUAUAUCGGCAAUAAUUGGAAUCGAAGAACACGAUGUGCUGGAAGAUUUCUUCGCUGGGUUUCUUUCGUCUGCACCAGAUCACGCAGCAGUUGGUGGCAAAGUCGCCAUGCCAGGCCACAGAUAACCAUAGAAGAAACGUGGGGGCGUGAACAUGUAAUUAGACCAUGAUAUUAUUAUAUGUAUGUCCAGUAAAUGCUCGGAACUUUAAUCACCAGCUAUCAUAGAAUAGACUAGGAAGCAUCAAAUCGUUAUUAUGAUCCACGAAAUCAAUGAGCGGCAGUCUCGAAGCCCAGAUGUCGUCCGCCUCAACCCGCCCCACUUCGUCGAGAGUCUCUCGAUGUAGUUCCUUGUCACUGACAGGCACGUGUGGCAAUGGAUUAGAUAUGCCUUGUGCUAGUUGGUGUGUUUCGGACAUAUCCGUCUCGUGUUGAGGACAGGAUUCAACUGCGGACGACUCUGGACAGUCGUAUAGUUAGUUUCAGCGAACGUGAAAUCCCCCCCGGGGGCCCAGGGUGGGAAAAGAUCAUGGGCAGUCCAUGGGCAGCCGGCCAAAGCUGAUAAUGGGCUCACGCCAAGAGUUCACGUACCGCGAGU